CUUAGUUUGGUUACAUUUUAGGUUAGACAAUUCUAUCAAUUUGUAAAUAAAUACGUCCAAAGUACUUAGAGUAAUAUCUUAAAAUGAGCAACCAAAGUAUAUCAGGAAGUCCCGGAAAUGCGGAAGAUGAAGAGUUAACACUUCCACGUGCCAGUAUUAAUAAAAUGAUUAAGGAAUUAGUACCAUCUGUUCGGAUUGCAAAUGAAGCCAGGGAAUUGGUGUUAAAUUGCUGUACAGAAUUUAUCCAUUUACUAAGCUCCGAGGCCAACGAAAUUUGUAACCUUCUAAAUAAGAAGACUAUUAACGCAGAGCACAUACUGAUGGCAUUAGAUCGGCUGGGUUUUGGAGAUUACCAAGCUGAAGCGGAGGCCGUGUUGAAGGAUUGUAAAGCGGUAGCGGCAAAACGCAGAAGACAGAGCACACGUUUGGAAAACUUGGGGAUACCCGAGGAGGAAUUGUGGAGACAACAACAGGAGUUGUUCGCGAAAGCGAGACAAGAGCAAGCAUAUGCCGAGCAACAACAGUGGGAACAGCUACAGGCGGCUGCACAGCAGGCGCAGUGCUCGGCAUUGCCGACCACAGAUGAUCAGGACGAUUAUUCUUAAAUUGGUGAAUGGUGAUAGGUGCGGAAUUAUUUUGUAAAAAAAUAUUCAAAAAUGUUUAUUAUAAUAGUAACUUUUUAGUUAUUAUCUAGUGAUUAUUCUUAUGUUGCCUCACUGUUUGCAAUAAACAUGGCCACAAUUUU